AUAAGUUUAUCAAUAUUUCUAUCGAUAAAACGAUCACAAAUCCCAAAUAUUUGAAAACUAUAUAAACUAUAUACAAAUAUACAAUUGUAAUAAAUAGAAACGUUCCAAUCCUAUUCCUAACUAAACAAUUUAUUAAUUUUGAGUUGAUAAUGUCUGAAGAGAAGUUUGCAUCAAUUAAGAAUAAACGCCUGAAGGACGUUUUCCGUGAUCGGAUUAUUCCGUGAUGGAUGAUCGAUUAUACUGUCACAAACAUCCUAAAAAAAAUUCAAUUGAACGAUAAUACUGUUGAAAUUAUUGGCUGGGCAGAAUCCUUGGGACCGCUGGAACAGACUGGUCUCCAAGAAUUUGUUUUCCAGUGUAUCUUAAAGAAUGAUGAGAAUCAAAAAAUCAAAUUCAUUGCAUUUAAUGACGACGCUCGACGACUCUACCCUUUCUUUCUUCAAGAUUAUGUCAUGCAUAUUGAUGGUGCUGUUGCCAAACUUAGAAAUGAUAUAGAGGGGAAAGAGGAGGCGUUGUCUUUUGAGCUACAGGCUCAGUCCAACACGAUUGAUAAUUGCCUUGGUUCCCAGGAUGUCGUGUGGAUAAACGCCUGAACUGAUUGAUUUUUUUUCGAAAUUAAAAAAUGACUCAUCUUUUUUGAAUCCCAAAAUCCUUAACAUAUAGAAAUUUCAUGAACGGAGAAUCAUAAAUAUUAUAUUUAACAUAGAAAUAUUUUUUCAUGUUGUCGGUGAAAAAUAUUUCGAAAUUUAGUGUACCAAAAUUCAAAUCACAGAUAACUUUCCAAGAAUA